AUGAAUACUGUCAGCCUCGCUGUGAAAAAAUAUAAUGAAAGAAACCAAUUCCGAGAAGGGUUCAAAAUUGAUGCCACCAAGAACCAACAGGAUGCCAGUAAGAUGUUCAUCGGGGGACUUUCCCAAGAACUGAGUAAGCAGGUACUUCUGGAAUACUUGUCUAAGUUUGGUGAGAUAAUAGAUUUUAUUAUAAAAAUAGACCCACAUACAGGUCUGUCUAGAGGAUUUGGAUUUGUGCUUUUCAAAGACAGUGCCACAGUAGAGAAGGUGCUUCGAGUGAAAGACCACAGAGUUGAUGGCAAGAAAAUAGAAUUUAAAAGGGCUAAAGCCCUUGAAUCUCAAUUCCCCAUCAAAAAGGUUUUUGUGGGAGGGCUGAACCCGCGGAUGUCUGAAGAAAAAAUAAGAGCUUACUUUGGCACAUUUGGGCAGAUAGAGGCUAUAGAGCUUCCACUGUGUUCAGAUACGCAGGAAAGAAGAGCUUUCGGCUUUAUCAAAUACAUGGAUGAAAACCCCGUUAGAAAGGUCUUAGAAAGCAGGUACCAUUUCAUUGGCUCCAGCCGUUGUGAAGUUAAGAUUGCAUACCCUAAAGAAAAUACUGCAAGACAACUGAGUAAAAGUAAGACUAUACCUAAGGAUAGGACAAGAAAAUCUGUUCCAGCUGCGGAGUUAGAAAACAAUUGGAGAGGAGGAGGCAGCUCAAGCUUCCACAUUAUGACUAACCCCAAUGCUCAAGAAGCCAACCAAGAUGCCCACAGAGCUGGCGCAUAUACUUCUAGAGCAAACUCAGAUGUAACUUUGGCAAGUGCCCGUGGCUUCAGGAAUACCUCCAAUGAUUUCCAGGCAAACUCCAAUGUUUUUGUGACAAAUUCAACUGCUUUCAUGGCAAACAGUAAUGCUUUGAGGUCAAGCUCAAAUACUGUAAGGGUAAGCCGCUAUCCUCUGGAGGCAAACCCAAAUACCUUCUUGGCAAGUCAGUAUACUCUUGGGACAAUUCCAAACACCUUAAGAACAAGCCAAUACACUUUGGGAACAUACACAAAUGCUUUAGGAGUAAGCCAGUAUGCUUUGGCAGCAUACCCAAAUACUUUCGAGAUAAACCAAUAUGCUUUGGGGGCAAACCAAAACGCUUUUGGGGCAAGCCGGUAUAGUUUGGAUACAAACUCAGAUACCUUCAGGACAAACCACUAUGCUCUUGUGGCAAAUCCAUACAAUACCUCGACAAACCACUAUGUUUUGGCGACAACCCCAAAUGUUUUCAGGACAAGCCAGUAUAUUCUUGGGGCAAACCCAAAUGCCUCCGGGUCAAGUCAGUAUUCUGUGGGAGAAACCCGAAACAAUUCUGGACCAAAUCAACAUAGCUUCAGAGCAAAUGGAAACUUUUGUGGGGCAGCUGGAAGUGGUGGAAGCACUGGAGGACUUAAUUUUUCUCAAGUAUAUGGCAAUUUCCUGAAUGACUGCAAUACACUGCCAGCUUUCCAUGGCUCUAAUGGCGAUUAUUUCUUCCUAUACAGUUAAUGGGGCUUAUGACGUAAGAUCUGCACCUUAUUACAAUGUGCAAAUAAGCCAGUCAAUUCUCCUUGGUAGUGGUUACCAGCGAAAUUAUUCAGCGUUUUGAAGCCUAAUUACAAAGCCUUUAUCCAAGGACCAUUAUGUCCAACAAUGAAAAAUUCAGUAACUUAUAUGAAAUGGCCCAAAAACUGCUUGAUUGGUCAUUGCCACUAUUUGCAGCAACUUUUGAAGUACAAUGCAUUUUCCAUCAUCUUUUGACAUUGGAGCUACAACAAAAAGA